AUGGCAACAACGCAAGGGAGGCAUGCGCCAAGCGCGCAUGUAAGAGCGGAGCCAAGCGAGACACUGUAUAUCCACAACCUUAAUGAGCGCGUUAAAGUGCCCGUGAUGAAGCAGACGCUAGAGGCGCUAUUUGGCCUUUACGGCAAGGUGCUUUCCGUCGUUGCACACGCCAACCUGCGAAUGCGCGGCCAGGCAUUUGUGAGUUUCAAAAACAAGGAAAUAGCAACAAAAGCAAUGAAAGAGGUCCAAGACUUUCCACUGUAUGGAAAAGCAAUGCGUAUCGCAUUUGCACGCACCAAAUCGGACAGUGUCGUACAGCACGUAUCUGGCCCCCCAGGAUCCACAGAAGCAGAGACGGCACUCGAGGUAUUCCAAAAGCAGCGGAAAGAGCAAAAACAAAUUACGCGGCGUACAAAUAUCCACCGGUAUCGCGAGAUGCUGCGCAGGCAAAAAGAGACGCGCGAGGGUGUACCUGCCCCAGGUACGAUGGCGCGCAAGGCGACGUCGCUGGCGCGCGUACAAGCGAACCAGCUUCCCGACGAAUAUCUUCCGCCGAACAAAAUUCUUUUUUUGCAGCAAAUUCCGAAUUACAUUGCAGAAAAGGAGCUAAAGGAGCUAUUUGGCGCGUACCCGAAUCUCAACGAAGUGCGCAUGGUGCCUGGCAAGGGAGACAUUGCAUUCAUUGAGUACAACGAUAUUCCUUCUGGCGUCACCGCGCGUGAAGCAACGAAUGGACACGCUUUUCCUAAUGGAGAGCGCCUCAAAGUGUCCUAUUCGCAGACCCAUGAGGAUCUCAUGUCCGCCUCCCGCACGAUCUUUAACGCUGUGCCCAAGGUCUUGAUGCGCCUGCCUGCUUCGAGGACUGCGCACUCUGUGAUGCGCAUAGGCGCUGUCCGCACUCUGGUUGGUUCUCAAGUUGGCGCCGGCAAAGUGCGCAAAGAGCGCGACACCUUUGGUGAUCUUGAAGUGCCUGCUGACAAGUACUGGGGUGCACAGACCCAGCGCUCUUCGAUGAAUUUCAAGAUUGGUGGCGCCACGGAGCGCAUGCCGAUUCCGCUGAUCAAGGCAUUUGGUGUGCUCAAGAAGGCCGCCGCGGUCGUGAACAGCAGGUACGGCCUGGAUCAGAAACUUGCUGCCGCAAUCAGCGAUGCCGCCGAUGAAGUCAUGCUUGGAAAGCUCAACGACCAUUUCCCUUUGGUCGUAUUUCAGACUGGCUCUGGCACGCAGACGAACAUGAAUGUGAACGAGGUUAUUUCGAACCGCGCCAUCGAAAUGCUCGGCGGCGAACUCGGCUCCAAAACGCCCGUUCACCCGAACGACCAUGUGAACCGUAGCCAGAGCAGCAACGACACGUUUCCCACUGCGAUGCACGUUGCUGCCGUGAUGGAGAUUACGCAAAACCUAUUGCCCUCGCUCAAGAAGCUGCAAGUUGCACUCGACGCCAAGCGCUCAGAGUUUGACAGCAUCAUCAAGAUUGGCCGUACCCACUUGCAGGACGCCACACCGCUGACGCUUGGCCAGGAGUUUAGCGGCUACGUGCAGCAAAUGGAGAACUCGAUCUCGCGUGUCAAUGACGUGCUCCCCCGUCUGCGCAUGCUUGCGCAAGGCGGCACUGCCGUCGGCACCGGCCUCAACACGUUCAAGGGCUUUGACACUGCCGUUGCCGCUGAGAUCACCAAGAUCACCGGUGAGGAAUUUGUCACUGCGCCAAACAAAUUUGAGGCUCUUGCGGCGCACGACGCGAUGGUCGAGGCGUCCGGUGCGAUGAACACGAUUGCGGUAUCGCUGAUGAAGAUUGCCAACGAUAUCCGCUACCUUGGCUCCGGCCCCCGCUGUGGACUUGGCGAACUUUCUUUGCCGGAGAACGAGCCGGGCUCGUCGAUCAUGCCGGGCAAAGUCAACCCUACCCAGUGCGAAGCAUUGACCAUGGUCGCUGCGCAGGUGAUGGGCAACAAUGUCGCCGUCAGUGUCGGUGGAUCCUACGGCCAGUUUGAACUUAAUGUGUUCAAGCCCGUGAUUGCAAAGAACCUCUUGUCCAGCAUCCGCCUUUUGGCCGAUGGUGCGGAGAGCUUCACCGACCACUGUGUCCUCGGUAUUCAGGCAAACCGCAAGCGCAUCGACAGCUUGUUGAACGAGUCGCUGAUGCUCGCCACCGCGCUCAAUGCACGUCUCGGAUACGACAAUGUGGCCAAGGCUGCCAAAAAGGCACACAAGGAAGAUCUCACGCUCAAGGAGGCCACUGUGGGCCUUGGUCUGCUUACUCCGGAGGAGUUUGACGAGCAGGUCCGUCCUGAGCUCAUGCUCGGCCCCGACGACCCGCCCAAGUAG